AUGGAGAAGCCACAGCCUCCGUCUCCGCUGUCGAAGUGGAUCCGCCCCAAGGCCUCCACACGCCGCAUCUUGCUGCUGGGCACGGUGCUCUACGCGUCGGUGGUGCUCUUCUGGUCGGCGCACAGCAUCGGCGCCUUCACGUCUCGCCUGGACCGGGUGCCCGUAGAGAUCAAGGACUUCCCCUCGGGGGACGUCUCUCAGCGCCAGCUCAAGUGCAUUGGCUGGCGAGCCACACGCGGCUGCAGUCCCGACGGCGCGCGGGAACCGGAGAGCGACCAGAACUGCACGCAGAUCGUGUCCAAAGGAGAGAGCGGGUACUGCGAAGCGGAGGACAUCAACACCGGCGAGAGGUUCCGAGUCAUGAGGAGGAAGUGCAACAGCUUGCCUCGCCACAAUGUGCCGUUCCGGUGCGAUGACGCGCAGGAGUUUAUCAACUUCCGGGUGCAAGCGCACAACACGUCGCAGAAGGCGCUUCAUCCGAGCUUUAAGCUGCCGAAUGUGGGGAAACAAGAGGAGGGUUCACCGCGGGAUGGCAUUGUGAUGGUCGUCUACCCGAAGCUGCUGGCCAGUGCGUACGCUGCUAUUCGAGUGUUGCGGGAGGUUUUGAGCUGCCAAUUACCAGUUGAAAUUUGGUUCCGACCGGAUGAAAUCCAGCCAAAUGACGCGAUUCUGAAGCCUCUGAAGCACCUCGCAGCGACUUUGAGCAACAUUACGUUCCAGGAGAUCAAUGACCCCAUGGCCAAGAAGUUCGUGGCGAAGAUCCACGCCAUUUACCACAGCACGUUCGACCGGUUGCUGUUCCUGGAUGCGGAUAACGUCCCCGUGCGUGAUCCAACGUUCCUGUUCGAGUCUCCUGAGUUUGUCAGGACUGGAGCGAUCUUCUGGCCGGAUUUCUGGCACCCUCGGUCAACGAUCUUCGGCGUUCACGAGAACUCGCUGCUGUGGGAGCUGCUGGAUAUGCCGUUCGUCGACAUGUUUGAGCAGGAAAGCGGCCAGUUGGUCGUGAACCGCAGGCGACACGCUGCUCCGCUGGAGCUUGUUAGAUUUUACGCUCUCCACCGACCGGAUUUUUUCUCGAGCUUGAGGCUUGUGUGGGGUGACAAGGAUUUGUUCCGGUUGGCGUGGCUGAAGCUGAAUGUUCCGUUCGCUAUGAUCCAGACUCCUCCUGGUAUGGCUGGAACGGUGUAUGAUGCGUUCCUACGCUCCGAUUUCUGUGGCAUGACGAUGGUUCAGCACGACGCAGAGGGGGAAAUUCUCUUCAUGCACCGCAAUCAGCACAAACUUACGGGGACGUUUACAGAUGAAGCUAAAGAGGAGAACUUGCACGAGAAGACUGUGGACGCUGUGGAUGUGGUAUCCGCUCCCGUGGAGAGGUACGCAGACCCGAAGAUUUGGACGCAUCUCAUGCGCUUCCACAAAGGUUCAAGUCGCCGGUAUUACUCCAUUCAGAAUUUCGUAUUGGACCUGGACUUUGAGCACAACCAAAAGUGCUACGGCCGACGAGAUGUGUACAGGAACCCACACUUUUACAUUCAAGAGGUUGCGGCGUUGAAUUUCUCCGAACUGGAGACACAACUGCGGCGUUUUGCUCUACAGUCCACGCAGUUCUCCCUUGAGGCGUGA